AUGCGGCGGCUUUUCGGGUUCGCUCUGACAGCUCUCUCGCUGGUCCCCUUUACGAUCCCUUUCCCACUUCUACCGGAAGACGAGUAUGGCCCCUUGGAAAAGCGUGCACCAAACUCCGAGAGAGCUAAAGCUGUUAAGGAGGCCUUUGAGUUUGCUUGGAGCGGCUAUAUGAAACAUGCAUUUCCCCACGAUGAACUACGGCCUGUUUCAAAUACUCCCAGUGACUCCCGAAAUGGUUGGGGUGCCACAGCUGUUGACGCCCUUUCUACUGCAAUUAUAAUGGACAGUCCUGAAAUCGUCAAGACCAUUUUGGAGCAUAUCUCGAAAAUCGACUACUCGAAGACAAAAUCUGGCGUCAGUUUAUUUGAGACGACGAUCCGCUAUCUGGGAGGAAUGCUUUCUGGCUAUGAUUUGUUGAGUGAAAAUAACAUGGGCCAAAAUCCGGAUCAUAUCAAAGCACUCUUAACGCAAUCCAAAAAUUUGGCGGACGUCUUGAAAUACGCUUUUAAUACCCCCAGCGGCAUACCCUCCAAUAAUCUGAUCAUUGGCGACCAGCUGACGGAUGGUGGGACUUCCAAUGGAAUUGCAACUAUUGGAACUCUUAUCCUCGAAUGGAUGCACUUGUCGGACCUUACAGGGGAUCCAGAAUAUGGGAGACUCGCCGAGAAGGGAGAAUCAUACCUUCUUAAACCGAAAACUGCGGGAGCUGAGCCAUUCCCUGGCCUCAUUGGAUCAGAGCUAAACACUACCACUGGUCAUUUCUUGAAUUCUGAUAUCAGCUGGGGUGCAGGUUCCGAUUCAUUUUAUGAAUACUUAAUAAAAAUGUUUAUUUAUGACGAGUCCCGGUUUAAAACUUAUCGAGAUAGAUGGGUUCUUGCAAUCGAAUCGUCGAUUAAGCAUUUGAAAGUUUCGCUACCUUUGCGUCCCGAAUUUACCUUCCUAGCUCCGUACAGCAACAAGAAACUUGGUUCCAGUUCUCAGCAUUUGGCUUGUUUUAACGGUGGCAAUUUUCUUCUCGGGGGACAAGUCCUCAACCGUCAGGAUUUUGUCAAAUUUGGAUUAGAUCUUGUCAAAGGAUGUCGUCAUACGUAUAGUUCCACGGCUACGAAAAUUGGCCCAGAGGGAUUCAGUUGGGAUAAGUCGAGAGUACCCAAAGAUCAAAGGUCAUUCUAUAGUAAGAAUGGAUUUUUCAUUACUAGCGGGGACUAUAACCUGAGACCAGAGGUCAUUGAGAGCUAUUACCAUGCCUACAGGAUAACUGGCGACACCAAGUAUCAGGACUGGGUGUGGGAGGCGUUCGAAGCCCUUGUCAGGACAUGUCGAACGGAUUCCGGCUUUUCUGCCAUCUCUAAUGUAAAUACUCUUGAUGGUGGAAAUAAGAAAAAUUUCCAAGAAAGCUUUCUUUUCGCUGAGGUGAUGAAAUAUGCGUACAUGACAUUUGCACCCGAAGCUAGUUGGCAAGUGGCUCGCGAGGGGAAGAAUAAAUUUGUCUUCAACACUGAAGCUCAUCCACUUAAAGUUCGCACAAAGGGAUAG